AUGUCUAGUCCUGAUGCCGACGAGGUGUUGUUUGCCUACAUCGAAGUAGCCCCUCAUGCAGUGAGCCUAGUACUGAUCCGAGAAGACAAUGGCACGCAACGACCCGUCUAUUACGUAAGCAAAUCGCUGCACGAGGUAGAGAUCCGCUACCUCCCUCUCGAAAAGGCCGUUUUGGCAAUCGUACAAGCCACGCGAAAGCUCCCCCACUAUUUCCAGGCACACACUGUAGUUGUACUAACUCAGCUUCUGCUAAAGUCCAUUCUUCGGAGUGCCGACUACACGGGCAGAAUUGCAAAAUGGGGAACGAUCCUAGGCGCCUUUGACAUUAGGUACAUGCCUCGCACUACUGUGAAGGGUCAGGUCCUCGCAGAUUUAGUAGCCGAAUUUGCGGAGCCCAUACUAGAAGGAGGGGCAGGGUCAUUAAGCCCAGACGGGAAAUUGAUAAGUGCAAUCACUCAGCAAGAGCCUAGUUGGUGGAAAGCGCACGUCGACGGCGCAGCCAACCAAAGGGGCUCAGGAGUAGGGCUCGUUUUGGUCUCCCCCGAGGGGAUAUCCAUCGAAAAAUCGCUGAGGCUUGGAUUCUUCGCCACGAAUAACGAAGCCAAGUAUGAGACACUAUUGGAAGGAAUGUCAAUAAUCCAGAAACUGGGUGGAAAAUUCGUGAACAUGUUCUCGGAUUUGAGACUCAUCGGGGGACAAGUAAACGGGGAGCUGGAGGUAAAGGAUGAAAGAAUGCAAGAGUACUUAGUCCAAGUUAAACGCCUGCAGACCCAUUUUUGUCACUUCAAUCUGUCGCAUGUGUCAAGAAGCGGGAACACCCAUGUUGAUUCUCUUGCAACGCUAGCCACCUCCUCGGCUCGGCCACUUCCCCGGGUUAUUCUCGUAGAGGAUCUCUACCGCCCAACGACGACGAGGGCCAACGAAAUACGGGUCCACAACGUCAGAGUUGGGCCUAGUUGGAUGGACCCUCUAGUGCUGUUCUUAAAGCACGAUACUCUACCUGACGAUAAGAACGAGGCCAACAAGAUUAGGAGGAAAGCCUCCCGAUUCUGGUUAUUCGAUGACUCCAAACUGUACAGGCGCUCAUUCUCAGGGUCGUACUUGCUGUGUGUGCAUCCAGAGGCCACUGAACUCAUCCUGGAGGAAUUACACGAAGGAAUUUGUGGAAGUCAUACGGGGGGUAGGUCCCUAUCCCAUAGGACCAUAACGCAGGGUUACUAG